UGUCUCCCACCGCUCUCCAUUAAUCUGCUGCCCCUCCCAAACCCCCACCCCGCUUGUUUACUUGGUUCCUGCUGAUCCCAGAUCUUGAAAGUCGAUUCUAGAGAGAGAGAGAGAGAGAGAGAGAGAGAGAGAGAUGAGAGGAGCAGAGUCAGCUCGAGAUGAGCUCAGAAGGAAACACAUCAGUUGGUCCAUCAACAGCAAAUGGAGGUGAAGACACCGGCAACCGCGACGAGAUUGAGUGGAAGAAGGUGAAUCUGAUGAGGGUCGUCGUUGAGGGCCAAGAUCCACAAGCCAAGGAAGUAGACAAUUUUAUGAUACGGAGAUUCUUGAGAGCACGUGAUCUAGACAUCGAAAAGGCUUCUGCCAUGUUCCUCAAGUAUCUCAAAUGGCGAAGAGAAGCCAUUCCUAAUGGUUUCAUUGAAUACAAACAAGUACAAAACGAGCUGCAACAAGAGAAGUUGUACAUGCAAGGAUUCGAUAAAAAGGGUCGCCCUUUGGUAGUCGGCUUUGCAGCUAAGCAUUACAGCUCUAGACGCAACCUUGAUGAAUUCAAGUGUUAUGUGGCAUACGUCUUGGAGAAAUUAAGUGCCAGUAUGCCAAGGGAUCAGGAGAUGUUUGUUGCCAUUGCAGAUUUUCAAGGAUGGGGAUACUCAAACUGCGAUAUUCGUGCGUAUCUGGCUGCACUAGAGAUAAUGCAGAAUUACUACCCAGAAAGGCUCGGCAAAGUGUUCAUCAUCCACGUGCCAUAUCUUUUCAUGAAAGCAUGGAAGAUUAUAUACCCAUUCAUUGACAACAACACCAGGAAGAAGUUUGUGUUCGUGGAGGACAAGAAUCUGAAAUCAACACUUUUAGGAGAUAUUGAAGAAGACCAGCUCCCGGAAAUCUACGGUGGAAAGCUGCAACUUGAUCCUAUUGGCGCCUGAAGCCUAAUUACACGCUGCAGAUGAGCAAAUUUUAGGAGAAGAGCAGCUUCAGAUUCCUAUCACAGCUUAUUUAAUGUAAUUUAUCCACCACUGUAUUCUUAUUGCUAUUGUACGGAUUCUUAGGAGUGAUUUGUUGAACUUUAGAUCAUAGAGCAAGAGAUUGCUGUAUUCUGCUCUUAGUUAUGUAAACUGGAUGUCCAGUUUGUUGGUUUCUUGUGGAAGAUACAGACAAUGGAUAACUCAGUGCAUUUUUUGUACUCACAUGACAUGUAAUAUUUAUAAGCCAAGAGCCGGCAGGAAUUCCUAAUUAAUUCAGUGAUAUAAACUCAUUGAAUUGUUACUUUCA